UCGUUGCCCCAGCCACACGAAUUGAAGAGAUUCAACAAUCAUGUUCAUCUCGACUCUCAGGCUCUCAGCUCUUAUGGCAUCUACUCUUACCUCUUCUCCUCCCAAUCUCUCAACCAAUUCCUCUUAUCUUCGUCUCCUUAACUCUCGCUCCAUCACCACCGCUAUCACUACCAAACAUCGGUUUCUGAAUCCUCGAAUCAAGCCGUUCUCCUCCAAACAUCGUGUCCUCGCAGUCUCUGCUUCAGCUUCCUCUUCUUCUUUUCAAGCUCUCAUAUUCGACUGCGAUGGUGUCAUCCUUGAGUCCGAGCACUUGCAUCGCCAGGCAUACAACGAUGCAUUUGCUCACUUCAAUGUUCGCUGCCCCUCUUCUUCUUCCCAACCUCUCAAUUGGGGCAUUGAAUUCUACGAUGAGCUCCAGAAUCGCAUCGGUGGAGGCAAACCCAAAAUGCGAUGGUACUUCAAGGAGCACGGGUGGCCGUCUUCUACGAUAUUUGAGACGCCUCCGAGUAAUGAUGAGGAUCGAGCUAAGUUAAUAGAGACACUUCAGGAUUGGAAAACUGAGAGGUACAAGGAAAUAAUCAAGUCUGGAACUGUAAAACCCAGACCUGGAGUUCUGAGAUUGAUGGAUGAGGCCAAGGAUACUGGGAAAAAGCUCGCUGUUUGCUCGGCAGCGACUAAAAGUUCAGUUGUUCUCUGUCUUGAGAACCUUAUAGGAACUGAGCGGUUUGGGAGUCUUGAUUGCUUCCUAGCAGGUGAUGAUGUCAAGGCAAAGAAGCCUGAUCCAUCAAUAUAUCUGACAGCUUACAAGAAGCUGGGUGUGUCACAAAAGGACUGCUUGGUCGUAGAAGAUAGUGUAAUUGGCUUACAGGCAGCAACUAAAGCGGGAAUGUCAUGCGUGGUUACCUACACGUCUUCAACAGCCGAGCAGGAUUUUAAAGAUGCAAUAGCAGUCUUCCCCGACUUGAGUAACGUAACAUUGAAAGAUUUGGAGUUGCUCCUACAAAAUUCAGUUGCUUCCAAAUAAGAGACUUGCCUUAUGUAUGGUUUAAGCUGUUCCAGAAUCGUCUCCAUCAGAAGGUAGGAUCGAAUAUUGGAUAACCACAAGCUCAAGCUAUUGUCUCUAUACAAGUUUUUCAUACUUUUUUUUUCCCUUCUGUUACUAUUGAUAGUAAAUGUAAUCAUUUAACAUGUGAUCUAAGAAAAAUUCAAUGUAUAAAUUCUCAAGAUCUUCUCUUGUACGUUUCAUUUCAUUAAAUGGAAAGCUAUACGAUGAUUUUCUCUGCCA